AUGGAGCCCGAAGAGGCCACGGGGAAAGGACACAUGGGCACCAAGAAAAAGAACCUGACCUUCUUGAGGUCCCGGCUCUACAUGCUGGAGAGAAGGAAGACCGACACUGUGGUGGAGAGCAGUGUUUCUGGGGACCACGCUGGCACCCUGAGGAGAAGCCAGUCUGACAGGACCGAAUACAACCAGAAACUACAAGAAAAGAUGACUCCACAGGCCGGGCGGGCGGCCGAGGCCCUGACUCAGGAGGAGGCGGAGCACCAGACACGGAGGAUGAUGGCCAGGCGCUCCAAAGUCAUCGAGGAGCUGGUGCAGACGGAGAGGGACUAUCUCAAGGACCUAGAGCUGUGCAUCAAGGAAGUGGUUCAGCCCUUGAGAAAUAAACAGAUUGAUCGGCUGGACGUGGAUAGCUUGUUUAGCAAUAUUGAGUCCGUGCAUCAGAUAUCAGCCAAGCUGCUGUCAUUGUUGGAAGAGGCCACAGCAGACGUGGAACCGGCCAUGCAAGUAAUCGGAGAAGUGUUCCUGCAGAUUAAAGGGCCGCUGGAAGACACUUACAAAAUCUACUGCUAUCACCACGACACAGCGCACGGUGUCCUCGAGUCCUAUGAGAAGGAGGAGGAGCUGAAGCAACAAUUGAGCCUCUGCGUCCAGUCCUUACAGAACAUAUACAUGCAAGAAGGCAAACCGAACCUAACUAACAUGAGCUCCUUGUUGAUCAAACCAAUUCAGCGAGUGACGAAAUACCCCCUCUUACUGUGCGAGCUUCGCAAUUCCACCCCUCCCUCUCACCCGGACUUCAGAGCCCUGGAGGACGCCUUCGCUGCCGUGAAAGACAUCAAUGUGAACAUCAAUGAGCUUAAAAGACGGAAAGAUUUGGUUCUAAAAUACAAGAAGAAUGAUGAGGAGGAAUCACUUAAAGAUAAGUUGUCGAAACUAAGUAUUCAUUCAAUUAGCAAGAAAUCAAAGAGAGUGACAAAUUAUCUCAAGAUUCUGACCAGAGGAGAAUCACAGGUGAAAGACAGCACAUUUAAUAGAGAAGAAAAGCUAUUUAGAUCUUUAGAAAAGACCGCGAGGCACUGUGUGAAGAACAUUUCCUUCUGCCUUCAACACAUUCAGGAUGCCAUGCACUUUGCCCUGCAGAGUGUGCUGCAGCUCCAGGAGAUUUCAUGCACCAAGGAUGAGGAAGAGGGGGUGCAGCCAGAGGCCCCAGGGAAUGCCCCAUAUCCCUGUGAUGACUUUGCAGCGCACCUUCAGAAGCUCGUCCUGACGCCCCUGUCAGCUCUGCUGUCCUUGUUCCCAGGGCCUCAGAAACUCAUCCAGAAACGCUAUGACAAGCUGCUGGACUACAACAGCUACCUGCAGCGGGCUGCGGGGGAGGAGUCAGACUUGGCCAAAAAGGAGUACGAGGCCCUCAACGCCCAGCUCGUGGAGGAGCUCCAGGUGUUCAACCAGGCCGCACGCAAGAUCCUGCUCAACUGUCUGUGCAGCUUCAUCACGCUCCUCCGGGACCUAACGGGGGUGAAACAGCAGCUGUACUCCGCGGCGGCGCCGGUAACAUUGUUGGUUUCAAACAUAUCUGAAAUACAGAAUAGAGUACUAGAAGAGGUUCAAAAUCUGAACUUUAUGAAGGAUAACAGUGCCACAUUUAUUGAGAGAAAACUUAGUUUUGAAAAGAAGAAGCCUGUGCAAAUUCUGCCAGAAGUGCCACGUCAAACUGACACUCACCGCUCCCAACUUCUGUCCACAUACAGUACAGAGGAACUCUACCAAGCUAAGCGCAAAUGCAAUGCUACACAAGAACAUGACAUCAAUCUUCUGGAAGGGGAGCUGGUGGCUGUGAUGGAGCAGAAAGAUCCACUGGGGAGUACGAGCAGGUGGCUGGUUGACACAGGAAUUGUUAAAGGAUACGUGUAUUCUUCUUUCCUAAAACCCUACAACCCGGCAAAAGUACAGAAGGCGGGUGCUGAGAACAGGUCCUGUGACGAUGACUUUGAUAACAUCAGCCUCUUUGUGUCUUCACGGCCAACGAGGAACAGUGUCACAAGCACCCCAGAAGGGAGCAUAAGUGACAGCAGCUCAUCUCUUAGUGGUACAUGUGGGAAAUUUGAAACAAACAGCACUGAUGUUGACAGUUUUCAAGAGGUAGAUGAACAGAUUUUUUAUGCAGUUCAUGCCUUUGAAGCGCGGAGUAACUGUGAACUCAGCCUUCAGGAAUAUCAAAGAGUCCACAUUCUUAGGUUUUGUGACCUAAGUGGCAAUAAAGAGUGGUGGUUAGCUGAAGCUCGAGGGCAGAAAGGAUAUGUGCCAGCUAACUACCUUGGAAAGAUGACUUACGCUUAA